GUUGUUGUUUGACGUUCAACGAGUGCGGUGUUUUUUAAUUUUUCAAUUCUUCAUUCGUUCUCGGUUGAAAUUUUUUUAAAACUUCUCCACAAUUAUUAAUUCUUCUAUUAUUAUUAGUUUUUUGUAACAAAGUGUUUCAAUAAAAAUAAAUAUCAUCAACUAAAAACGUGCGUUAUUUACAAAAUAGCCAAAAAAAUACAACAAAAAACCAAUAGUAAAAAUAAUAAUUGCAAAAUCAAAACCUAAAGAAAAAAUUUCAUUGAACGAAUGUGAUUGCUUUGCCGCCUUUUUUUUUUAUCACAAAAACAAAAAUUAGAAACAAAAAUAAAAAAUAAAUUAUUUUUAAUAUAGAUUUUAUUUUUGUAUAAAAAAAAACACAACAACCUCCUACAACUUCUUCACACACACACACUCUCUUUGCAUGCUGAAUAAGUCAAAAUCGAAAAUAAAAAGAGCAGCAAAAUAGAGAAUAAAUAUUUUUAUGUUGUGUAGAAUUUUUUUAGAUUUAAAAUAAAUUAAAGAAAAAAAAAUCAAAAAAAAACUUUUCCUAUAAAUUUAUUGUUAUUUGUACAUUAUACGUGGAGUGAUUGACUAAGGAAAAGUAAUAUUUCAACAGCAAACAAACAAAUAAAUAAACAAAUAAUAGAACCACAACAACUACGACAACAAAUAACUGUAACAAAACAACUACAACCACAAUUAGCCCCCCCGCUCCAAACAAAGAAAUUUAAAAAAAAAGUAAUAGAAGAAAAUGUCGUUUCGUGUAGUCAGAAGUUCAAAAUUUCGUCACGUUUACGGUCAAGCUUUAAAACGUGAACAAUGCUACGAUAAUAUACGUGUCUCGAAAAGUAGUUGGGAUUCAACAUUUUGUGCAGUGAAUCCAAAAUUUUUGGCCAUCAUUGUUGAAUCGGCAGGUGGUGGUGCAUUUAUAGUUUUACCUCAUAAUAAGGUGGGACGUAUUGCUGCCGAUCAUCCACUUGUUGGUGGUCAUAAGGGUCCUGUACUCGAUAUUGCCUGGUGUCCUCACAAUGACAAUGUUAUUGCCUCCGGUUCGGAAGAUUGUGUAGUUAAAGUUUGGCAAAUACCCGAUGGUGGUCUCUCAAGAACUUUAACCGAACCUGUGGUGGAUUUAGUUUUCCAUCAAAGACGUGUUGGUUUGGUAUUAUGGCAUCCCUCCGCUUUAAAUGUUCUCCUAACAGCCGGCUCGGACAAUCAGGUUGUUAUCUGGAAUGUGGGUACUGGCGAAAUCUUAUUACACAUUGAUUCACAUCCUGAUAUUGUCUACAGUGCCUGUUUCAAUUGGGAUGGCUCUAAACUGGUAACCACCUGCAAAGAUAAAAAGAUACGUAUCUAUAAUCCGCGCAAUGGUGAAUUGGAGAGUGAGGCCUUGUGUCAUGAAGGCUCAAAGGCAACGAGAGCAAUUUUCCUACGUCAUGGUUUAAUCUUUACCACCGGUUUUAAUCGUUCCUCAGAGCGACAAUAUUCUCUUAGAGCACCCGAUGCCUUAAGUGAACCUAUUGUUAUGGUUGAAUUGGAUACAUCCAAUGGUGUAAUGUUCCCUCUAUACGAUCCCGAUACAAAUCUUAUAUACCUCUGUGGUAAAGGUGACUCGGUCAUAAGAUAUUUUGAAGUCACACCCGAACCUCCAUUUGUCCAUUAUAUCAAUACCUUCCAAACACCCGAUCCCCAACGUGGUAUUGGCAUGAUGCCAAAACGUGGCUGCGAUGUCACCACCUGUGAAAUUGCCAAAUUUUAUCGUCUCAACAAUAAUGGCUUGUGUCAAGUUAUUUCCAUGACUGUACCCCGCAAAUCGGACUUGUUCCAAGAGGAUUUAUAUCCCGACACUUUAGCCGAAGAUGCUGCUAUCACCGCCGAAAAAUGGAUUAUGGGUGAAGAUGCUGAUCCAGUCACCUUCUCGCUUAAAGAUCGUGUUUCUAUUGUACAGGGUGGUUAUGUAUCAAAUUCGGGCAACAAAUCGCUGUCGGUAUCCAAGAAGGCCAAUAUACUCAAUAAAGCAGCAGUGGGAACCUCAAAAAGUGCCAGCACAGCGACAUUGGGUGGUGGAAAUCAUGCUGCCGAUGUUGGUGCCUCCAGUGGGUCAGCGACGGUUAGUGGUAUAACUGAAAAAGAUUUGCGUGAUAUCACCGAUGAGAUACGUAAACUUAAGGCGAUUAUUGUUAAACAUGAAAAUCGUAUACGUGCUCUAGAAGCCGCCGUGAGGGCCCAAGAAGAUGAUACCGAUGCUGUAGCCACUAGAAAUGCCAAUAAUAAUGCCAACAGCAAUAACGACACCAAAGCCUCCGAUAGCAAUAAAAAGGAUACCAACGACUCGAGCGCCAACGACAAUGGUACUUCGGCUACUGCAGCGUCAGACGAGGCGUAAAUGCUGUUUGCUUCUGCGUCGUUUUUUUUAUAUAAACUAGUACUACUCUUCUAUCACUACUACUACUACUACUGCUACAAAUUUUGUAGUUAAAUAAUCUACUUUAAUACCUUUUUCAACUCUACUACAAAACUACUUCAACAAAUUGUCAACAACAACUACAAAGAAACAAUUUUCAAAAGAAAACUUCAAAAAACUACAAAUUAAAGUAAUAAGUUAAAAUGCAAAGUGUAGGAAAAAAGCUAAAGAAAUGUGCACGUUUUAUCGUGUCUUUCUUUUAUUAUUAUUAUUUUUGUUUUUUUUUUUAUAAUUAAUUAUAAUUAUUACACAAACCACAAAGAAGAAGGAAAUUAUAUAUUUUUUAAAUAUUUGCUCUAAAUAAUUUAUAAUUUUGUAUUCUUGUAUUACUCCUUUCUUAAUUUUUUUUUUUUAAUUAUAAUUUUUAUCAUUUUAUUUUGUAUUAUUCAAAUGCUUGUCAUCUUAGUUUUUUAAUAAUUUUAAAUUUUACUCUUCGUAUUUCUUCUUUAAAUAGUUAAAACCUUUUUACUACUUAACCUCUCUUGUAUUUAUUAUGAUUUUUUUUAACACAAUUUUUUUCUUUUACUAUUGAUAAAAUUGUUUUUAUUUGUAUUAUUAUUUUUUUAAUUUCUAUAAAUUAAUUUUUUUAUUAUUAUUAUUUUUUAUUAAUUAUAAAACAACAAACAAAAAAAACAAAACUUAAUUAAUUUUUAAUCGUAAACAAAACCAUUUUAAAUCAACGUUUUUUUUUUUAAUUUAAAAAAAAGCCUCAAAAAAGCUCAACUUUAAUUAAGUAUGAUGAUGACUACAACAAAAAAAAAAUGAAAAAAAAACACACAUUUUUUUAAUUUUUAAUUUAUUUUGUUGAAUUUAAUUUGUUACAAAAUAUCCCCCGCCCCCCCCUACUUACAACUAUCAUAAUCAUAAAUAAUUUGCAAAAGUAA